AUGGCCGAUGUUCCGAAGAAAGAGGAAUCCUCUCAAGAGGCCUCGUCAGUGAAAGAACCUGAGGCAGACGCCUCAGCACGGCAGAUGGUGCCAGAUGUGCUGCCCCAGGCGGCACUCGGCUCGGGAAGCGUGGAAGUUUCGGCGGCAGACUUUGCUGCCUUUAGGGAAUGGCAGGAAAAGCAGGCCCAAGCAAGACAGGGCAAUCCAGCAGCGCCUUCCCCGCCGAAGAAGCAGAAGGUUGAAGAUGAAGAAGACAUGCAGGAGUUCCAAGCUCAACUAGUGGAGCUGGAUAUCAAUUUUGCUGACCUGGACCCGGAGCUUCAAACCAAACUCAAAACCUCGAAGAAUGCUCGCAAGGAUUUUUUGGCUAUUCAUACAACAGAUCAGUGUUACAACCCUACAGAUGGUACUUGGGAAGCCCAGUCUACAGCGAAGAAGAGAGAUUUUGGAAGUACCGUGGAUAGAUCGAUCCCCAACCUCACCGCGGAGGACAACGUGCAGCAGGCUAUGUUACAAUAUCACCAGCGCAGCGUUCUGCCUUCCUUGGAUCAGCUACACCUUUGCUGCGACAGUUUUUACAAGAUGGCGCAACACGAAUUUUCAGUUAUUCAGCAUUCUCUUGAAAGACAUGCCUCGCAGCUGAACACCCUGGAGCGAAGCAGGGCUAACAAGACUAUUCUUCUUCUGGAUUUGCCGCCCCUCUUCAAUAAGAAAAGCCUGGACACCAAUAUUGGAUAUUAUCUGCAGGCCACCGGCCUUUCCUGGAAUGAUGUCGCCGCCCUUCACAAUCACAUGGUCAGUUCCCACUCUGCAGUGGUACGCCUCGAGUUCGUGACGGAGACGCAGGCCCAGACCUUCCGUGAUACCAUGCGGCAGGGCCGCCGCUACUGGAGAGACCCGCAGUCACAGGACUGCAAAAUCCGCGUCGAGCAGGCGCUCCAACGCGCAACCGCUGACCGCACGACUGUGCAACGCGCUUCUUUCGACAAGGCCUUCGACCUCACUACGGCUGUUUCACCCCAGGCUUUUCCUUACACAGUGAUGCCCGUUAAGAUUUCCGAUGAUCUCGCCGCUAUGCUGCAGUCUCACCCCAUGCUGCCCUUCCAGGGCGCAGGCGGAAUGACCGCCUUGACGGCCCAGGCUUUUCUAGAUCAGGGUUAUGAUGAUUACGGCAAAGGGUCCCCUAAGGCCAAAGGUUCCGGAAAAGGUAAAUCCCAGAACAAAAGAACAGACUACCAGGAAAGCUGGAAACCCCAGAUGGGAUAUCAGCGAUCUUCCUCCUCCUACCAAAAUUGGUCCCAGAACCAAGGGGGCUGGACGGACUACCGAGCACCCCAAAAGGGCACACCCAAAGGUGGCACCAAGACUCAGCCCAAAG